AUGGUGAGCAUUCAAAGGAAUUUUUUAUGGGGUGGAGGAAUGGAUAGAUCAAAAAUAUGUUGGGUUGGUUGGGAUAAUAUUUGCCAACCAAAGGAUAAAGGAGGGUUAGGCAUAAAAAAUUUGAAGUCAUUUAAUGAUUCACUCUUAUGUAAAUGGAAGUGGCGGUGUCUGAAUGAUUUGUCUGCUUCUUGGUUCAAUCUUUUGCAUUUUCGUUAUGGUUCUUUUGCCGCUAAUUUCUUAUAUGGGGAAGGGAGGGAGAGUCUCAAACAUGCUUCAAUUUGGUGGCGGGAUAUGUGGAAAACAGGAGGAGCGGAGGAAGGGGGUUGGUUUGUUAAUAAUAUUAGUAGCAUUCUCGGCGACGGUAACAAUAUAGCUUUUUGGAAGGAAAAAUGGUUAGGAAUGGAACCGUUAAGUGAACUGUAUCCAUCUUUGUUCCAAAAAUCAACUCAUAAAGAUGCUUGCAUUUCAAAUAUGGGGAUAUGGAAUAACAACAUGUGGUCUUGGAAAGUUAAUUGGAUGGAAGCACUUGAUGAUGCAGAUAUUGAAUCCCUCAAUGAAUUGCAUCAAUUGCUUGAACAAGUUCGGCCUAACAGAGCUUCUAGCGACAGGCGAAGAUGGUCAUCAAAUUCUGAUGGAUCUUUUUCGGUUCGAUCAACGUACAUGGUUUUGCAGGACAAACGUGUAGAUACUACUCUUGAUACAAAUACAAUGGCAGCAUUGAAAAGAUUAUGGAAGAACAAUGUUCCAUCAAAAGUUAGCGUUUUCGGUUGGCGGUUGUUACUUGAAAAAUUACCAACCCGGGAGGCUUUAUUUUGCAAAGUUCCACCACCAAAAUCUCUUUUGAUUGCAACUCCUAUUGAAGGUGGAGAAUUCCCACUUCUACUUUUCUUGCAUGGUUAUCUUAUGUACAACUCAUUUUAUUCUCAGCUUAUUCAACAUGUGGCUUCUCAUGGUUUCAUUGUCAUUGCUCCUCAGUUGUAUGAAGUAGCUGGACCAGAUAUAAAUGAUGAUAUUUACUAUGUAGUUGCGAUAACAAAUUGGCUUUCGAGAGGACUUAGCAAGAUUCUUCCACCAAACAUAAUACCAAACCUUGAAAAGUUAGCACUUGGUGGACAUAGUCGCGGCGGCAAAACAACAUUUGCUAUUGCUCUAGGAAAAUUAAACAUCACAACUGAUUUAAAAUUUUCAGCCAUAAUAGGAGUGGAUCCAAUUGAUGGAAUAGAUACUGGAAUACAAACAUAUCCACACAUUCUCACCUAUGUUCCUCAUUCAUUUAAUUUUGAAAUGCCAACACUAGUUUUUGGUUCUGGUUUAGGUGACGUAAAAAAGAAUCUUUUGUUGCCACCUUGUUCUCCUAAAGGUGUCAAUCACGAGAAUUUUUUUAAUGAAUGUAACAAACCUUCUUGGCAUUUUGUGGCUGAGGAUUAUGGUCAUAAUGAUAUGAUGGAUGAUGAUACUAAUUAUAACGGAGUUAAAGGGAGACUGAGUUAUUGUUUUUGUAAGAAUGGAGAAUCAAGAAAACCUAUGAGGAUAUUUGUUGGAGGAGUUAUGACUGCUUUCUUGAAAGCUUAUAUAGUUGGUGAUAAUGUUGACUUGUUGGCUAUAAGAGACAAGAAUGUGAGUGUACCUUUGAAGAUGAAAUUUGAUUAUAUUGUAUGAAGAUCAAAGAAGAUAUGAAAUGAUGCAUAUCUUUUUGUUGGACAUCCAUGUCAACUAAUGAGACAAUAAUCAUCGCUAUGUAGUUUAAUUACAUGAACAUCAUGUUGUAAGAUAUAUGUUGUUUUA